UAAAACAUCUACUUUUCCUUUCUUUUUUGAAUUUAAUCCGAUCGUCGUCUAGUUUACUUUCUGUCAUCUCCAUCGCUUUUGAUAAUCAGGUCAAAUUUUAUUGGUCUGUUUCCCUAAAACCCAGUCCGUGUUCUUGCUCAUCUUCUUGAUUCAUUUUCGAUGGAGACCCCAUUAUCAACAAGAAGAGUCACAAGGUCACAGACUUCGGCUGCGUUAAACAACAGCAACAACAUUCCCAUUUCAAGGAAAAUUGAAGAAUCUGAAACUGGUGUAUCAAAGUCAAGGAAAAGAAAUGGGAAACAAGAAGAUCGAUCCGCGCUGAUUGAUAUUACGAAUGAUUCUCCGAUCGUUGGGCUUGCAAUGGGUAGCUUGGAGACCCCAUCAUCAUCCACAGUCAAGCACAGAGGCAAUCGAGCCAAGAUCACACCUGGGUCUGGAGAGGCAUUGCUUAGGGGUCAGGUCAAGAACCUCUUGCAAAAGGUUGAAGAAGAAGCCGAACUUUCGAAACUCUCUUUGGAAAGCCGCCCUUUCCUUCUCCUUCAAAAUUCUCCGGCGGGACUUCUUGCACCGACUCCGGCAAACACACCACAAAUCCCGAAUCUCUCCGGUGAUGGAAGUUUGAACGCCGACAACGACUCUGCUCUGGAGGCACCUUCUCCGAUUGUUGAAGAGCAAUUGAUUUCGCAGGUUGUAUGUGAUAUGUUUGAUGGAAUGAAGGAAGAGAGUCUUGAAUCACAAAAGAGUAUCAUCACCCGGUCUCUGCUUCUAGAUUUCUCAGAGAAAUCCGAGGUCUAUGAUUCAUCAGAAUGUUCCUCUGAGCUGACUUAUCAAGGAUUUGGAGAGACUGAAUCUGAACGCAAAGAGAAGCCAAACCCAGAUGAUGAUGAUGCUUCAAUUUGGUCUAUUCAGGUAAAUGCUAGUGCCCAUGAUGAAGAUGAGGAAGAAGAAGUUAAAGAAGAAGAAGAUGGUGGUGAUGAUUUCUAUGGAGAAGAAUAUGAUGAAAUUGAAGAAGAAGAAGAGGAUGAGCUGGUGGAUUCGCUGUGCGAUGGAAUGAGCAAGAUCAAUGUGAAUGAGGAGAAGAAAAUGCUUCCAAAGUUUGAAGGAAAGCACAUAAGGUUUGUGUACAACAGUGAUGAUGAAAUUGAAGAGAAUGGGGUUGAAGAUGAAGUUUCGCCUACUAUUGUGAGGUUGAAGGGCUUGCCAACUCCUAAGGGGAAGCAUCUUCGCUUUUUUGAGGAAGAGGGUCAAAAUUGAAUUCUGAUUUUUUCGUAUUUUUCUUAGUGAGAAUAUUGUUGGUGUUUUUCCUGACACCCUUUUUUUUAAGAUUGGUUUUGGUGUUUUUCUCAUUGCUGAUCUUUUUUAGCGAUGCUUCUGUUUUGUUUUCGAAUCUGAAAGACAGAGGACGAAUCAUGUGUUUGAUUCUUCAAUAAUAUUGACGAUUACAUAUUGAUGAUUA